CGACCACGGCGGUGGUAGUGGCUCUGCUAGUAAGCAGCCCGCGAAGCGAGCGAAGGCAUACGCAGAACGGCCGUCACUGUGAGUGGAUCUCGUUUCGGCGCGGAGUGUAAGCUGUCAAAGAAUUGAGCGGUCAGUGCCAGCACGUAGUUGACUGUGUGAAGUGUGGGUAGUUGAGUCCUCGUCCGCGGAUUUCAGUUCGGGAUUGCUAGCAAAGACCAGGAAAGGAUAUUUGUGUAAGGAAUGGCAUUGAUUCGAGUUCCAGCAAGCAAACUGCCAGAGUUGCAGAAAACUUUGAUAACGUGUGUUCGAUACAUUUCGGCUGAUGGGAGUCUCCGCGAUGUCCUCGCCGCAAAAAUCCCGAAAGAGCAAGAGCGUGUCAAAAGCUUCAGAAAGGAAUAUGGCAAUACAAAAGUUGGAGAAGUCACAGUUGACAUGAUGUAUGGUGGUAUGCGCGGAAUUAAGGGCCUAGUAUGCGAGACCUCUGUUCUUGAUCCGGAAGAAGGUAUUCGAUUCCGCGGACUAUCCAUUCCGGAAUGUCAACAAGUUCUUCCAAAAGCCGAGGGCGGCGCAGAGCCACUACCAGAGGGUUUGUUUUGGCUUCUGUUGACUGGAGACGUUCCCACAAAAGCGCAGGCGGCUUCUUUAUCCAAGGAAUGGGCUGAACGUGCAGCACUCCCUCAACAUGUAUCUGCCAUGUUGAAUAACUUCCCAACAACUUUGCACCCAAUGUCGCAAUUGUCAUGCGCUGUAACAGCUUUGAAUCACGACAGCAAAUUCAUGAAGGCGUACGCAGAUGGUGUACACAAAACGAAAUAUUGGGAAUACGCAUACGAAGAUAGUAUGGAUUUAAUUGCUAAGCUGCCAGUUGUAGCUGCCACAAUCUACCGCAACACUUACAAGGGAGGCAAAGGUAGCGUGACCAUUGAUCCUAAAUUGGACUGGUCGGCUAACUUCGCAAAAAUGUUGGGUUUCGAUAACAAAGAAUUCACAGAGCUUAUGAGGUUAUACUUGACCAUUCACAGCGAUCACGAAGGCGGUAAUGUGUCUGCACAUACGGUGCAUCUGGUAUCGUCAGCACUCAGUGAUCCCUACUUGUCCUUCGCUGCUGGAAUGAAUGGUCUGGCAGGCCCACUUCACGGUUUAGCCAAUCAAGAGGUACUUGUUUGGAUCAUGAAAUUGCAACAGCAAGUUGGAAAGAAUCCAUCGGAACAAGAACUGAAAGACUUCAUCUGGAAGACUUUGAAAUCUGGACAGGUUGUCCCAGGAUAUGGUCACGCCGUUCUAAGGAAGACUGAUCCACGAUACACCUGCCAACGUGAAUUUGCAUUGAAGCAUUUACCAGAUGACCCACUCUUCAAGCUUGUGUCGUCGAUCUACAAGGUUGUACCACCAAUUCUAACUGAAACGGGAAAAGUGAAGAACCCAUGGCCAAAUGUAGAUGCUCACUCAGGUGUUUUGUUACAAUACUAUGGAUUGAAGGAAAUGAACUACUAUACUGUUCUGUUUGGCGUAUCCCGUGCAUUGGGUGUUUUGGCAUCCCUAAUUUGGGACCGAGCUCUUGGACUGCCCAUUGAACGUCCAAAAUCCCUUUCGACCGAUGCACUUAUGAAAGCUGUAAAAAAGUAAAUUGACAAUUACGCAUUUUCUCAGUAAAUUUUGAAAAUAGAAAAAAAAAUCCAAAAAGGUACACAUAAGAAACGAUCCGGUCAAAGAUUUUAGCAGAUUCGGUUAAUUGUAUCCAAUUUUUAUCCCAUAACGUGAAACCUUUCUGUGCCCACUUGAGAGGAGCCGAAUGUAAGCCGAUAGCACAUUCUCUUCGGUUGAUAUCAAGUGAAACAUCGGAGCUUUAAUAAUUUUUACUUAAUUUUACUCUUAUUUAUUUAACAAGUAGCAAUUUUGAGUUGUAACAUAUAAAUAUAAAUGGCAUUUCACCUAGUGUGAAAUCAACUCGUUCAAAGUAAAGGAGUAAAUAUUCUCUGUGAAUAUUGACAUUUUGUGUCCCAAAUUAUCGUUUUAAGUGAAGGAAUUUAUGUAUUAGGAAAUUAUUAACUGAAGGUGGUGAUUAUUUGUCAUGUUGAAAGCAGAAAUCAAUUGAAUAAUAAAAACGAACGAAUAACUUA